AUGUCUUCUCACAAGACUUCCAGAAGCAAGCGAUUCCUGGCCAAGAACCAAAAGCAAAAUCAUCCUAUUCCUCAGCAGAUUCGAAUGAGAUCUGGUAACAAAACCAGGUCCAGCUCCAAGAGGAAACCCUGGAGGAGAACAAGGCUGAUCCUAUGGAGUCACAUAGUCAAGGCUUGGGGUUUGCAUUGA